AUGGCAUCCACUCCCUUGAACCGGACUAAGCCCACAACAUCCAACUCUCCUUAUUCAUCCCGCUCCGCGCGGGGCCAUCGCUCCAGGUCCCUGCCCGAAUCGUGCUGCCUGACCCUCCAGCGCGUCAUAGGGUCUACCUGUUGCUCACCAACCGGCUUUGACACCGUCAACUCGUCCUUCGCCUACAUAGCUGGCGGCGCCGUCGUGGUUGUCGAUGUCUCGGAGAACAGCUACUCCCAACGCUUCUUCCGUGCCAGACCCAAUGCCGUUCCUUUACUCUCUUCCUCCCAGGCCUCCAAUCCUUCGUCCACACAGUCCUCGACGCCAAAAUCGAGCGAUAGCAGAGGGCGCGUUGCGCCCUCGCCGAGGGAUGGCACAACCUACCAGACUACUGAUUGGUCAGAGUCGUCUCCUACCUCCAAAACAUGGACAAGCCGUGAGCGCAUCAAGGCUGCCACAUGCUUGGCCCUCAGCCGCGAUGGCCGUUUUCUAGCUGUUGGCGAGACGGGCUAUGCCCCGCGCGUACUUAUUUUUAGCCUACAAGAAGCUUCUUCUGAUAUACCAUUAGUGUCCAUUAGCGAACACACCUUUGGCGUUCGUGCCGUCUCCUGGUCACCCGACGGCAAGUACCUCGCUUCUCUUGGGUCAGCCAAUGAUGGAUUCUUGUACCUGUGGAAGGUCGAUUCACGUACGGGCGCCAUGAAGCUGUUUCAACAAAACCGCUGCACCUCGUUCGUGAAGCACAUGGUGUGGAUGGGACCCAGUUUAAUUACUCUGGGCGUGCGCCAUGUCAAGCUUUGGCGCGUUGACGACACUGCUGAGAACUCCCUUUCGAAACAGAAACUCCAAGGGGACUCGACGGCGGGCUCUUCCUCUGCCCCAGCUUCGUUUUCCUCGGCAAGUGCUGCUUCAGCUUCAGCCGCUACAUCUUCGGUUUCUAGUGCUUCGUCUACUGUUGUUGGCACUGCAGCUGCAGCUGCAGCUGCAGCAUCUUCCAGCAUGACCGCUGCCCCGCCGUCUCAGCCACCGCAGAAGCAGCCCCUACAAGGCAGGAAUAUCUUACUUGGGUCCAUGCUGGAGGCCACCUUCUGCUGUGCCCUGCCCAUCUCGGACGAGAAGGCCAUCAUCUGCUCAGAGACAGGCGCCGUGUGUCUGCUGGAGGAUACCGGGAAGCAGCCAAAGUUUGCUAAAUUGCUGGACCUGAGCUUCCCCAUCAGCUGUCUUUCCAUGAGAGGGGAGAACGUGUAUAUUGGUGGAAAGGAUGGCCAGCUUGCUUGCAUUAGCCUGGAGAGCAUCCUGGCUGGUACCCCUGAACCGACCAUCCGCACAUCGCAGAUGGUGCCCGGCUUCAUGGCCAUGGGUUUCCUGGCCGAUCACUUGGUGACGAUUGACAGCAAACGGUCCAUUGAUAUAUGGAGCCCGGAUGCCAUGCUGGCCUCUUCCCAGGAUGAUAGCAGCACGACUCGCAUCCCUAUUCCGGGCCUCGGUGACCCUGUCGUCGGGAUUCAGAGGUUAGCUGCUUCCAAUUCGCUAGGGGCCAGUUUCUUCACCUGGUCCAGCGCUGGUCGCGUAACCGUCUGGGACAUGGGCGGUCUGGUGAAGGCGACCCUCGAUAUUCCCAUUGAGCAGGUCGAACAGCCCGUCCCCAAUGGCACCGGCGGCAGCGAUCCAGACGCUGCGAACCAGCUCGUCGUUGCGAAGGCAACCAACGACGGCACCCUGUUCAUCACGGGAGACAAGCUGGGCGUGCUGAGGAUCGUGGACGUAGCCGCUGGCGAGUGCUUGCUGGAGACCAAGGCACACUCGUCCGACUUCCAGGACAUCUCCGUCUUGGAGGGAGAGUCGCGCUUCCUGCUGGCCUCGUGCGGUAAGGACCGGACCGUCCAGCUGUUUCAUCGUUCCUCGUCACCGCUAGGCGAGUUCGAGCAUUUCCAGACGCUCGAGUUCAGCGCCAAAGUCGUGCAGGUCCUUAUCCCGUCUGAAGACAAGGUCUUGACCUGCUCGCUCGACCGGACGCUGCAGAUCUACGAUCUGGUGUCCAAGGAAGGCGAGCCCGACGUUAUCGCAGCCAUCCCCUUCAAGACGAUUUCCCUGCGGGCGUCGCCAUCGUCCAUGACGACUUCGCCGGACAACAAGAGCAUCUUUGUCUCGCUUCUGGAUCGUACCGUGUGUCAGUUUGAUGCGGCCAACGGGCGGCUGUUAAGUUCGUUCAAAUGCAGCGAUGAGGCCGGGCACGACUCAGUCGUUCUGGAGUCGCUCACCUACGGGCUGAUCGGCAGCUACGACGUACCGUUUUUGUUGGGCAUUUCAAACACGGACAAGUCGAUUAGAAUAUACGAGGCCCUGUCGGGGGCCUUCCUCGACCGCGAGUGGGGGCACACGGAAGCAAUCAACGGGGUUGUUCUGAUCGACACGGAUGAAACGGGACGGAAGGUGGUUAGUGUGGGUGAAGAUGGGACGAUCAUGGUUUGGGGCCUGGAGAUUCAAGAACCAACUGCCACAACGUCGUCUCGUCAACGAGAUCCCUCCCCGGAGAAAACGCCUGGGUUGACGUCCGCGCGGCCGCCGCUUCGUCGGGUAUUGUCGAAGGCUGAGCUGGCCGAGUUCCAGCGCUCGUCGGCAAACGCAUCGGGGGCGAGCACUGGCCGUCGUUCGCCCCCUCGUGGUGCCGCGAAUACCCCGAACACUCCGACUGCGAGCACCACAAACUCCCGUCGUGUAUCUCGUUUUCACGUCCCCCUGUCUUCUGUUCGUACCCCGAACUCCAGUGAAAAGCAAGCUAGCCCGUCUGCGACACCCGUGCCGACGACAACGAACAACAUGACGGCUCAGGGACCUGCCCCACAACCAGCCGCUGCCACGGCCGAAGACACACCCUCUCGGGCCACGCGAGCGCCAUCCUCGGGACGGGUCAGCCCGUCUGCUGAUGCGCCGACGCCCCCGUCUGAAAGCCCCAAGGCGGUUACGUCGGCGUCAGCUACAGGGUCGUUGCGGAGCGUGUACCGGAGCAGGCCGUCGCUGAAUGUUUUAAAUGCGAUUACAGCGCAUACCUCGAGCACUUCUGCACCUAUUAAUGGCAAUUCCAAUGCGUCGAUCAACACGGCUCCAUCACGUAAGAAUUCGUCCUCGUCGGCAUCUACCACGACCGCUACAGCACCAAACAGCACAACCAACGGUGCGACAACCACCACCACGACGAAGUCUACAACCCGGACUCGUGCAACCAAGACGACCGGCACCAACGGCAAAACUACCAGCAGCAGUCUCAGCAAGAUCCCGGCCGUUAAGUAUACCUAUGGCUCUCUCAGCAUGGCCACUGAGCAGACAUGCCGUCAAUUACGUGCGUUUCGUAAGAAGUUAUCUGCAGACAAGAGCGGCGACGUUGAUGCAGACCUGCUGGCGCAGUUGGAUUCAGAGCUGAGACUCACGGCUGCGGCGCUGGGGGAGAGGGCUAUCCGUACGAGGGUUAGACAUGGUCACGGGCACCGGCAUCAUCAUCACGGGCACUCGCAUUCCCAUGGAUAUCAUGGACAUCGCGGGGAGAAUGGUAAUGGACUUGGGGAUGGUGUUCAGUCUGAUGAGACCUGCGAUCGCCACGGCCAUGAACAUGCUAAGGCUCCUGUCAGCGAGGCCAUGCUUGAGUCACUGCUUGACCAGUACAGUGAGAGAUUGGUCAGUCUGCUAGAAUCAAAGUUGGUUCGUCGGUUGGGAAUGUGGUCGGAUAAUGAGCAGUCGUCUUCUUCUGAAGACUCCGAGAAAGAGAAGAGAAAACGGAAAGAGAAGGGGAAGAAAGCUCAUCAUCAACAACAUCAUCAUCAUCAGGGAAAGAGGAGAAGGGGGUUAUCUAGGAAGGUCUUGGCUGCCCCAGAGGACUCUAUGCUCGAGACCGAGACUGAUAACCGACAAUACGGGGACGAUUCUUCCUCUUCUUCAUCCGGAUCUGGAUCGGCUACCGCAUCUGCCUCAUCAAACCCGGGUUCUGCAGACGCAGGUGACUACAUGUCAGCGUGUGCGUCGGGGUGUGUGUCGAGCUCGUCGUCAGUGGGUGAUGAUGAGGGGGAUGAGACGGAGGUUGGGGAGAGGAUUGACGGGGAGUUUGAUGAGGGGAUGAGUACCGUGGGAUGGACAGAAACGGAGCAAGAACCUGGGACGGAGACCGAGGGAGAGAUGGAGAGGAGUCAGCUGAGGGUUGAGGAGGGAUUCAAGACCGAGGCUCCAGCAUAG